UCUGGAAGUACGCAUGCGCAAGAUUGACAGCGCAACGCACUUCACAACAGCAGCUGAUACCAACCAGCUAGCCACAGCGAUUAGCGUUUUGGUUUAGUUUCCGGCAAUAACCUAAUCGUCAUACAUACAGUUUCACCUCGUUUGAGAGAGCCAUAGUUGGAUUUAGUUCACACGAAUAUGGCAGUUGUACGUAAAUGCUUUGAGAGCUCUUCGUCGGUGUAGUUAGCGAGCUAGCUAGCUAGGUAAAGUUGAUAGCACUGGAUGUCACCGAGGCUAGCUGGCUAAGUUACAGCGAUUCGUUACAAGCUGGCAUCGGAAAAACUUCACCGUCAGCCAUGGGGAUAUUAUUUACGAAGCUAUGGAGGCUUUUUAAUCAUCAAGAGCACAAAGUUAUUAUUGUGGGCCUGGAUAAUGCUGGCAAGACCACAAUUCUUUACCAGUUUUCAAUGAAUGAGGUGGUACACACUUCCCCUACAAUUGGGAGCAACGUGGAGGAGAUCGUUGUCAACAACACUCAUUUUCUUAUGUGGGACAUUGGGGGCCAGGAAUCUCUUAGGUCAUCGUGGAAUACAUACUACACAAACACAGAGUUUGUAAUUGUGGUGGUUGAUAGUACAGACAGAGAAAGGAUCUCUGUGACCAAAGAAGAACUCUACAGAAUGCUAGCACAUGAAGAUUUGAGAAAGGCAGGACUGCUGAUCUUUGCCAACAAGCAGGAUGUGAAAGGUUGCAUGUCUGUGGCUGAGAUCUCCCAGAGCCUCCAGCUUACCUCUGUUAAAGACCACCAGUGGCACAUCCAAGCCUGUUGCGCCCUCACUGGAGAGGGGUUGUGCCAGGGUCUUGAGUGGAUGAUGUCACGGCUGCGUGUGAGAUGAUGACCUCAGUGGCUUUGAUUAGGAGUGUGCCCUUUCUGUCAUUUUUGUAUUUUUUUUCUGCCUCCAGACUUGAGAAAGGGGCUGAGGUCAGUGAUGGACAGCCCCCCUCCUCUUUCCUGUGGAGCCGAUACGGGCAGAAGCUGCCAGGAUGUUAUAUUCUUCUGUAAUAAUUUAUUUUACAAAAGACGUCUGAACUGAGAACAACAAAAAAACUUGACCUUUUUCACAAGGACAACAAAGAGACUUGAAUUAUUUAAACUGAAAUUUCUGCACGGUUUUCCUUUCAGCAAAACACAGAGGUCAGCAAAGUGUCUGACAUGGAACUGUACAUGGACUUAUUAAUCAGCUGUGUGUGAGUCUAGCCCACGGUGGCCUUGCAGUAUUGCCGGACUGGCUGUGGUGGUUUUUAUUGCCCCCUGUGUGUACAGUCCAGUAUUCUCUUUUAACUUGGUGCCUGCAGCAGAAUGUUCAAACGGUGACUGAAAAAUGCAGACAGGAGGGUAAAAAAUCACAAUGUACCCUCUUCCUUUCAGUCCCUAUGAAUAAUCACUGAAAUAAAGUGUUUUUAUCUGUUUCAGGUGAAUUUG